AUGAACGCCAGGGCGUCUGUAGUCCCACAAGAUCACCUGCCGCCACAGAAACAAACAAGUCCUUCUUUCUUUAUGAAGCUAUUUAAGGGCCACGCUGGCGCGGCCACAAUGGCAGGUGCGUUUGAGAUUGCCUUAUUUCAUCCCUUUGACACUGUCUCGAAGCGACUCAUGAGUAACCGCACUCGCAUUCAGGGCGUCUCAUUUGCAGAUACCUUGCGGAAUCUGAACACCACAAUAUUCAGUUCAAGGGCGGAUGCCAGUGUGGCACAGAAGAUCUUGUACCUUUAUCCCGGCUCCUCCUAUGCUGUUUUCUACAAAAUCUUGCAGCGUGUCUUCAAGUUUGCGGGGCAGCCAUUAGUGCGGGACCAUCUGCAGACUCACAAUCAACAAAGCUUCACGGAUACCUUUGGUCGUCGUGACAAGUUGAUGAUGGAAUCCGUUGCUGGAUCCAUCAUUGGGGUUGGAGAAGUUAUUCUACUACCACUGGAUCGCCUUAAGGUGCUCAGUCAAACCAACGAGGCGGCACUGCGCCAUGGUCUGCUUCAGUUGCUGCGCCAAGAGGGUAUCAGUGGCAUGUACGCAGGCACUGUGGUCACAAUGACUCGCAACGCCCCCGGCUCCUUCUGUCUUUUUGGCGGCAUGGCCGUUACGAAGGAGUUUGUAUUCGGCCUUCAAGAAUACCGCAAGGCGACGUUUUUUCAGAACGUGUGUGCCUCAACGGUAGGCGCCUGUCUAAGCAUCACCGUGACGAACCCAAUGGACGUCAUCAAGACACGCGUGCAGAACAAGGACCCUGGCGCCAGGAUGGGCGCCGUCACGAUACUCUCGCAGCUGCUGCGGGAAGAGGGCUGUUCUGCAUUGUUUAAAGGCCUUGUACCGAAAGUGGUCGCAUUUGCCCCGAAGCUUAUUUUUUCGUACACCAUGACCGAAUUUUUUAUACAGCUUAUGAACAGCAGUAACGCAGAAAGGAAACUGUUGAAAACUUGUUAA